UGAACCAGUAGUCUUGAACUGGCGUCGCUGUCGUGUUGCAGCAUCCAAUUCGAUGGCAAAUAAUAAAAUGUUAUUGUUUAUUCCUACAAGUUGUUAAGUGCAUAUAUUUAUUUACAUGUCGGUAACUUGCAAACGAAACAAUUAACUCGUUUCCCAGUUAACAAUAUAACGAGCAUAUAAUGAGCGAACGUACGACUGUGUAAAAUUGAAAGAAGAAAAACCUGCUUCCAGACUCUGCGCAAACGCGUCGGCUAGCUAAGUCGAGAACCGAACAAAAGGAACACGACGGAACCUUAAGCAGUUUUACCUUUUGCAGCAGCGCCUCCAAAUGUCGGUGACGCGACGCUACAAAUCAACGCCACCGCCGUCGCCGCCGCCGCUGCUGCUGUUGGUGUCGGUGCUGACGUCGUUGCUUGCAGCAAUUCCGGUUUUACAGGCCAGCUCGCCGUCGGCUGGGCCAGGCGUGCGAAUACUGCGCCCGCCCGAAUCUACAGUGGCGCCCUCUGGCGACGAGGUGGUGUUUGUGUGUGAGACCAGUUUGCCGCCGGACCAUUUCGAAUGGAGUUACGCCUCGACCCGCAGCCAAGCGCCGCGCUUUAAGUAUUUGAAGUCGAGCAGCGCCAAAAACAAUUCGAAUAUAACCAUAACUCAUGACAAUGACAUAUCCAAGCUCCGUGUCAUUGUACGAACCGAAACUCUGGGUGAGUAUCGUUGUGUGGCCUGGUUCGGACCACUGGCUGUCACCUCCACCACAGCCCGUCUAGAGCUGGCCACCAUCAGCGGCGACAACAUGGCCAAUCGUGCUCAUUGGCGUGUAGCGGCAGGCAACACUGUGCUCUGGCACUGUGGCCAGGUGAUGUCCAAUCCGGCGCCCACUUGGAGCUUCUAUUAUAAUGACAUCGAGAUGCCAGCUGUCUCAACGCUGAGCGACUCCAAUGGUACACUGUUGCUGCCACAUGUGUCCACGGCCAGCAGCGGCACAUACAGCUGCGCGGCCACCAACACAGCCUCGAGCCAGCGCCUGGUAAUGCACAGUCGCUUGGAGUUACAGGUGCCGGCUGCAGCAUUGCCGAGCGCAGCGCCAGCUCUGCUACACGGACAAGGAGUGCGAACAGAAGUGUUGGCUCGAAUAGGCGAAACUGUGCUGUUGCUGUGCCCAGGCGUGGGUUAUCCUCCGCCCACGGCCGUUUGGAGCAGCCCCAAUGUACCUGGAGCUGUGUACAACAACCGCACACGAGUGCUGCCCUAUGGACUGCAGAUUUCCGGACUGCAACCAAAGGAUGGGGGCACCUACAUUUGCUACCUGGACAAUGGGAUACGACCAGCCUUGGAGCAUUUCAUUCAACUGGUGGUGCAGCAGGCACCACGCAUAGUGCGUCCGCCCAGCGCCAAUCUGACCAACGAGGGUGAAUUCAUGGAGCUGGAGUGUGCGGCCACGGGCACGCCUACGCCGAAAAUCUACUGGCUGCUCAAUGGCGAGCACAGCGUCUACGAUACCGAGGCGGAGCUGCCAACCAAUGGCUCUCUAAUCCUGCGCAGAGUGCUGAAGCGACAUGCCGGCUAUGUGCAGUGCUUUGCCAGAAAUGUGCUCGGCGAACACAGCGCUGGCACCCUACUCCAAGUCAAUCCUACACAGAUACAAGCCGGCGAGGGCAACGGCACAGGCAUGGGCGGCAGGUCAUCAUCCUCUCGGCCCACACACAACCGCAAACAAAAGCAAAUGGUACCGCCAUCUGCACCCAAUGUUACCCGACUAUCGGAUGAGUCUGUGAUGCUGCGCUGGCAUGUAGUGCGCAACGAUGGAUUGCACAUUCAGUUUUUCAAGGUUCAAUACCGCAUGCUUACCGACAGUGGCAAACGGAAGACCUGGCAGACCACCAACGACAACAUACCCUACGGCAAGCAGCGACACGAUUCGGAUGCGGCGGUUAGGAAUUUCACGUCAUCAGUAACGGGUUUGCGACCAGACCGUAGCUAUCGGUUUCGAAUCAUGGCCGUCUACUCCAACAACGACAACAAGGAGAGUAAUACUUCUGGCAAAUUCUAUUUGCAGCGUGGCGCUACUCUGGCUCCGUUGCCUGUGCCCGAGCUGUUGGACAUUAAGGAGUAUUCGCAAACGGCGGUCGUGCUUUACUGGCAUUUGCCCAGCGAUGCAGACGAGCAAUCGAUAUCCGGCUACUAUGCCUACUAUCGCCCCUCGGCUUCGGCCGGCGAGUACCUGAAGGCGACCAUAGAUGGUGCCAAGACGCGUAGCUUUCAGAUCUCUGCACUCGAGCCGGGCACCAUUUACGAAUUUAAAUUGCAAUCUUUUAGCGCCAUGUCCGCAUCCGAGUUCAGUGCGCUCAAGCAGGGACGAACUCAACGACCCAGGAGCAGCACAACAGCACAGCCGACGAUGCAUACCUUGGACACCACGACACCUAGCCACAACGAAACGUUCAAUAUGAAUCCGCUGCUUACGGGCACCAUUGGUGGCGGCGCCUUGCUAAUCCUGCUCGUGAUCAGUGCCUGCCUCUGCCUGUGUCGCCGUCGCAACUCACGCGGCAACAACUCACAGAACAAGCCACGCCUGGCAGAGCUACGCGAGGAUUUUGUGCCGCUGAACACCUGUUCGCCAAACAAGCCGCGCACGCGACAUAUACACAUUACACUGAAUCCUCUGGCACAGCAGCAGCAACAGCAGCUGCAGCAGCAGCAACAUGAUGAGAAAGACUCGCAAGAUAACGAUUUGGGCUACUUCCAGCGCCAACCCGUUGUCUACGAUGCCGAAGCGUUGGGCUUCAAUGGUCUUGCGCGCAUGUCUUCCUCUUCGCUGCGACGCUCACAGCGCACGCUGGAACGUGCCGCUGCUGGUGGUGGCUCUGGUGGCAACAACAACAAUCUUAACCAAGCAACGGAUGCCUCACUGGCAGCAUCUCUGGACAGCCCACGCCUGCAGGCGUCAAACAAGCCGGGACGUGUUAUUCUUAAGCGUGCACGCUUAUCCAGCCGCUCCGAGAAUCUCUCAUCGGGCAGCCUAAACAGCGUUGGCGUCUAAACUCGUGAUCUUUAGUCUAUGUUCGUAUAUAGGAUAUAUACUAUUCCUCUACCUCUGUUUUAUAACUUUUCAAACCUUCAAAUGACAUUUACUUAAACACUUUGUACUUAUAUAUAAAAAUGUAUUAGCUGUUAAGUACUUAAUUAGUGUUCUAAAAUUUAUUACCUAUAUA